AUGGCUGAGAACAGAUCUGAACAAGUACGAGUGAUGCUGUGGAUGAUUCCAAGAACUCUUUCCACGGCAUUCAUAAAAUGCAUGAGCCAUUUAGACAACGUAAAAAUUAUCUCAGAACCAUAUACGUGCUCCAUAACAGUUGGACCAGAACGUACCAUGGCAAUGCCAAAAGACACACAAGAGUCAUUUGAUAAAGUCAUGGAUUCUGCAUCGAAUAUCAGUUUAGAUAUGGGACUUGACCACAACUUGUAUACUUUCAAGUGGGUUAAGGAAUCAUUACUGGAAGGGGAUUAUCCUGGUAAAGACGUUGUGUUCUGUAAAGACAUGUCUCAACCAGUAGCAGCCAACUAUGACCUCAUUCCAAGUGGAUAUCGUCACACGUUUAUGAUACGUCAUCCUCUAAAGCUAUAUAAAUCGUGGAAUAAGGUGUUCUCAAGCCUUGGUAUGUCAGCGGAAUCUCAGCGUAUAGACGAGGUUUUAGAGAUGUCGGGAUCCAAAGCCUAUGCGUACGGAGACCACUUUCAACUAUACGAACAUUUGAUAUCAAGUGGAAUUGAACGAGAACCGAUUAUAAUUGAUUCAGACGAUUUGCAGUCUGAUCCAGAAGGCAUCCUUCGAAAGUUCUGCCAGACUCUGGGCAUCAAGUACACUGACAAGCUACUCUCUUGGGAGGCGGGAGAUGGUGUUGUUAAGGACUGGGUUGCAUCGAAGUUACAGCUACAAGGUAACAAGUUGACGAAAGUUUACCAGAAUGCCUUCGACAGCACCUGCUUUAAGAAGCCAGAGCCACUGCCACAACGUUCCGAGCUGAAUGAAUCUGUUCUAAAGUGCGUUGACGCAGCCAUGCCAAUAUAUCAGAAAAUGCACGACAAGCGUCUGCGUCCUUAG